UGUGUGGCACAUGUGUUCUACUUUUGCUAGAGGUGACUUCAGACAAGUCUUUCUGCUUUGCCAGGCAGUGUAUUUUCUGACUUUUGCCAAUUUAGCUUUUCCGUGGUUAUGUGAUCCUGGGAUGUAAAGUUUGCCUGGUUCAUUGAAAUCUCUCUGCAUAUUUUUGUAAAAAUCUAACUUUCUGGUUUUGAAAAGCUUCUCCUGUCCCAUGAAUGGUGUGAUGCUAAAUUGCUCUGGACCAGCAGUUGGGAAGAAGAGCAGCUGGGAGCCCGUGUGCCCAGGUAGUUGGCAGAAUGGACAAGACCUGCAAAAUGCAAUACAAGAUGUUGGCCAGCCCUUUGGGGAAGAUAGAGCUGUCCGGCUGUGAGCGAGGCCUGCAUGGGAUCAAGCUCCUUGGCAAGGGGAGCCCCAGCACUGACCCCUCAGAGACCCCAUCAGCUCCUGAGGUUCUCAGCAGUCCAGAGGGAACAGCAGAGCCCCUCAUGCAGUGCGCAGCCUGGCUGGAUGCCUAUUUCCACAAGCCUGCGGCCAUGGAAGAGCUCCCCUUGCCUGCUCUCCACCAUCCUGUGUUCCAGCAAGAUUCAUUCACCAGACAGGUGUUAUGGGAGCUGCUGAAGGUUGUGAAAUUCGGAGAAAUGGUUUCUUACCAGCAAUUAGCAGCCUUGGCAGGCAACCCCAAAGCAGCCCGCGCUGUGGGAGGAGCGAUGAGAAGCAAUCCCGUCCCCAUCCUUAUCCCAUGCCACAGAGUGAUCUGCAGUGAUGGAACCAUGGGCAACUACUCUGGAGGACGGGCUGUGAAAGAGUGGCUUCUGGCCCAUGAAGGCGUCCAGGCUGAGAAGCCUGGCUGUGGGGAGUUGGGUCCAGCCGGGACCUGGCUGGGUGCAGCCAGUGACUCCGCCUGCUCCCAGCAUACUAGCCGAAAUUGAGUGUUUGUAUUCGGAGUAAACAUUUGAGUGACACAUAAAUGUUAUGCCACGGUGGAAGCAGGAUGUGUGGUGGCACCACUAUAUUAAAAG